AUGACCGUUCACAUUCAGCAGCCUGGAAAACAAAUGAGUAAAUGGUGUAACCCAGAAUGCAGUUCAAAGGUACUGGUGGAGUUGUUUUUAAUAUAAUAUAUGAACAGAAAUAAUAUUCAGGCUCCCUAAUAAUUCUGCAAGUAGGCCUCUUUUAUCUGCAGACAAUUUGAGCCAGGAUACAGAUUCUACAGAGCAGAAUCCUCUUUAUCUUUAGAUUCAGUGAUCCUAUGCCAUUGCCUGCUAAAUAGUUUCAAAACCACUGGCGGAGGAAGGGGGUGCAGGGGGUGCAGUCAGCCCCUUGUGUCAUCCCUGGGGUGUGUGCUAUCGCUGCCCCACCCCCCUAGGACUCUUGCAGUGGGCAGCGCCCCCCGUGGGACACUCGUCCCACCCCCGGGUGCUCAGCAUGUGCGCCGCUCCGCCUCUGGCCAAAACUUGCCACAGUUCUUUAGCUUGACCACUGUGUUGCUAUUGGAAGGCCCUUUGUGAUUCCAGACUAUUCGCUUGUACUUGCUUUCUGGUACAGUGGUACCUUGGGUUGCGAAUGGGAUCCGUUCCGGAGCCCCGUUCACAUCCUGAAGCGAACGCAACCCGUGUGCGCGGGUCAUGUUUUGCCGCUUCUGCGCAUGCACGUGACGUUAUUUUGACCAUCUGCGCAUGCGCGUGUGGCAAAACCCAGAAGUAACGCGCUCCGUUACUUCCGGGUUGCUGCAGAGCACAACCCAAAAAUACUUAACUUGAAGCACAUUUAUCCCGAGGUAUGACUGUACUUCCUAGUUCACCCCAUCAUGCUCUAUCCUGCUUGUGCCUUAGUUUUAACCAGGGCUGGGGAACCUACAGCCCUCCGUAUGUUGCUGGGCCGCAAUUCCCAUCAUUCCUAACUUUUGACAACACCGGCUAGGACUGAUGAGACUGAUGGGAUGUGGAGUCCAACAACAUUUGGAGGGCCCAAAACAUACAGGUGUCAGUUCUGGCUUCCCAUCAUCCUCAGCCAUUGGCCAUAUGAGGUGGGGCUGAGGGGAGUCAUAGUUAACAAACGUCUGGAGGGCUAGUGGUUCCCAACACCUGCUCUCCAACCUGUCAACCCUACAAACAGCCAGGUAUUGAAAGUGUGAUGGGAUGACACCUUUCCUUGCUGUUCAUUUAGCUGAAAUAUUGCACAGAAAACACAGCAGGCUUUGUUUGUAUUUAGAGAAAGCCAGUUCAUUUUAUUUUUUAACCUAGCUGGUGUGAAGUUGUCGUAUGAAUGUAUAUAUAAUGCAGUGGCAAGGUUUUCAGACCCAGUGCAGUUUGUUGCCAGGUUUCUGCCAUAUUACUAUGAACCUGAUUAAUUACUAGAGGAAGUUUCAGAUUGCUACCUCUAGUAUGAGGUCAUGGUUUAAGAAGACCAUAAUUUUUAUCACGGGCAAUGAUAUCACAUUAUACUGAUGAAAUACACUUGGAAGUUACUUGGAUGAGUGUUAUUGAUAUCUUAUAGCCAGUGACAUGCUGUCCUGUCACAAGGUAUGUUAUGUUCCCAGUUGACAGUCUUCUAUCUUGUGUUUCAAGCAGAUAACCAAAAGUAUCCAGCAGUUCUUUUUACAUCUGUCGCCCCUUUGGGUAACUGCAUUGCAUCCUUUGUUCUCAGAUCUGCUCGCAACGGUAUUGAGUGCAGCAUGCAUACGUUAUUAAGGGUGACAAUUAACUCUAGAAAAGCUCAGAAUAGUGUAUUUUAAUUCAAAGUAUGAUGUAAACACUAUGUAUGUAUGCAAGAAAACAAAACAAAUCCACACUGUAACUUAAUUCUUCUGCAUCCUAUAAUUCCAUGUAUCCUUUGAAGUGGAAGUAGAGAUGCUCAGGCCAGGGAGCCAAUGUUCCAUCAUGCUUCCAAAGUGCGCCUGAGACUAUUUUGUACUGUUUGUAUGUGUUAAUAUUUUAAGGUGCAAAUCGCCUUAGAUGUCUUUGCAGAAAGGCAAUAUAAAAAAUUUAAUAAAUAAGCAAUGUUAACAUUAACAUGCAUACAUACCAUUAAAAUAUAGCAGAAGCAGAUGAAAAUGUUUGUUAAAUCAUAGCACCAUUAAAUUAUCCAAAAAAGAAAACCAUUUAAAAUAAUAAUUAAAAAGUCUUUGUGGAUGCCCUAGGUAAAGGUAAAGGGUAAAGGGACCCCUGACCAUUAGGUCCAGUCACGGAUGAUUCUGGGGUUGCGGCGCUCAUCUCGCUUUACUGGCCAAGGGAGCCGGCGACAUUAUGCAGAAAAUAAUGGGUACAAACUGCCUCUACACAUGUCUGAGUGUUUGUGUGAAUCACUUGUUGAUUUGUACAGCUCAGCUACUGUAUGCACUGUAAACAUGGCUAAACAAACUGUACACUCAUUGGACAUUACUUGUGAAUAACAUAUGAGUGUAUGGUUCAACUAGAACAGAGAUUCCGACUCCGGAGGAACUUUCUGACAGUAAACGCUUUUCAACAGUGGAACAGAUUCCCACCAGAGGUGCUGGUGAACUCUCCUUCCUUAGAGGGUUUUAAAUGGAGUUUGUAUGGCCAUCUGUCAUGUUCAGAUUCCUGUAUUGCAGGAGUUUGGACUAGACGAUCCUCAGGAUCCCUUCCAACUCUACUAUUCUGAGAGAAGGGGCUUGGAUGUCAAUAGAUGUAGGCAGUGCUUCAGGUAGCCCAUUCCUAAACUCCACAGCUUGAUAAAAAAGGUAAAGGACCCCUGACAGUUAAGUUCAGUUGCGAACGACUCUGGGGUUGCGGCACUCAUCUCGCUUUACUGGCUGAGGGAGCUGAUGUUUGUCUAGGUCAUGUGGCCAACAUGACUAAGCUGCUUCUGGUGAAACCAGAGCAGUGCACAGAAACGCCAUUUACCUUCCCGCUGGAGUGGUACCUAUUUAUCUACUUGCACUUUGACAUGCUUUCAAACUGCUAGGUUGGCAGGAGCUGGGACCGAGCAACGGGAGUUCACCCCGUCACGGGGAUUCAAACCACCAACCUUCCAAUCGGCAAGCCCAAGGCUCAGAGUUUUACACCAAAGCGCCACCCGCGUCCUGAUCACAGCUUGAUACCAGCACCUUAAAAGGAAAACAAAAUAGGCAGCCAGGUAAGUGUUGAGAAACAGGGGUGUUGUGAAAUUGGGAAGUUGCUACAUUCUGCAUUUUGCACUCUUCAGACAAUCUUUAAGGGCAGCUUCACGUAGAGGACAUUUAAGCAAUCUGAAUUAGUUGCCUAGCACUAUUGUAACAGGUGUAGAAGAAUGAACGAAUUUUAAAAGUUCACGUGAGUGUUGCCCUAAAUCUUUUCAGCUUCUACAUGGCAUCUUUAACAGAGAUGAAUGUUCCAACCAUGAAGCCUUCUUUUUGCAGAAAUGCAGCACAUUUUGGUACAAGGCAGGGGGACAGGGAAGGGGGGGGGCACAACAACUAGAUAGCACUUCGUUCUCUAAAGUGAUUUUCCUUCAUGGCUUUCUGGGUCAAACCCUCUCUUUGUGAAAGUACUAUUUUUAGGUAAUAAUGAUUUCCACUCAGGAUGACACCAACCCUGAAUCUGGUUGCAAUAUGCUUGCGAUAAAAGAAAGAAAAUGACUAUCUUUCUAUCUAGCUAUAUAUAUAUCAGAAGCCGCCAAAGAUCCCAAUCCCAAAAUAUUACAAAGGAUUCAUAUGUAUAUGCAUAUACGAAAAUGGGAAAUGAACCAAAUAUUUAGCCAUCCGUUUGCCAGAUUUUACACAGAUAAUGCUUUCCAUUUAAAGUAAAUUAUCUGAAGAAGGGUACCACAGUUUCAAUUCCCUCUGUGGUAUUGGAUAUUAGGAGGCGCAGAAAUAGAGCUCAUAAAAUAUUUCCAUUAAUAAGCUCUCCUUUCUGUAUCCUUCACCUUUCUGUUAUCCUUCACCGGAACACUCAAUUCAUGGAUGUGUGUGUGUGUGUGUGUGUGUAUGCGUGAUUUAAAUAGACUAACAGGAAUCAAAAGCUAUACAACACAGAUGCUACUCCAGCGAUCUGAAUCAGGGCAGUUUUUAACUUCAUUAAAUUGCUGUCAUAUGGUGUCUGCUGACAUGCCUCAGACUUCGGAGAGUUUUACCCAUCAGGUAUUCUCUAAGAUUGUUAACAAGAACAGCAACUCUCAUUAGGGGUUCCCCAAAAGCAGCUAAUUAAGGGACAAAGGUUGCUCAGAUUGUGACAAUUACACCUGUAGGUCUCUGUAGAAAUACCAAAAUCGCACACAAGCGUAUGUUUGGUUGCUUAGAACAAGAAAUAAAGACCCAGUCCAUUAAAAAAAAACGAGAGGCAGAAAGCUGUCAACCAUUUGAAAAGCUUUAGGAAAAUGAUCAUCCAAUUAGUGGCUAUGAUCAAAUCAGGCAUGAACUCUCUCUGGAUGGCUCCAUAAUUUUCCUUCUUGCAUGGUGUAAUUUCAUAUAGCUCAAAUGAACUCAUGAGAGGUAAUUCAGUUCCAAACAGUUUUCUCAUCACUGCUAAUUAUACUAAUACAUUGAAAUGCCUCCUACAAAAUGCAUGAGCCCUUUAAGCCACCUCAUUAAUGUGAUAUAAUUUUUGCUAGAAUAUAUAUAUCAAACCUAUUAUCACCACAGGUUUUCUUUAUCAUUUUUUUUUCAAGAUGUCUAUCAAAAUCCCUGAAAAAGUAGACUUCUUGGAUUUGGCUUUCUCAUAAUUGUCCUUUUCUUUGAACUGCACUUGUCUACUGUUGCAUUAAAAGAAGAAGAAGAAGAAUGCCAGUGCUGUUACGAGUAUUGGGAAAGGUAUCCCUUAUACCCGUUGGUUCCCCCUCCCUGAACACUUGAUUCCUCAAUUUCCCCCCAGUUGUAGCUGAUUCUUUAAAUGGCAAAUGGUGCAUGCAGUAAUGUGCAAAAAUGAGUUAUACAAACUGAAAGCAGGGGUGUAAAAAGAAGCAUCAUCUGAGACUAAAAUAAAGACAGAUUUUAUGGUAUUUAUGUCAGUUAAUUUAACUGCUGGUAGGGGCCUUUGUUGAAACAUGAGUUAGUUCCAGUGUUUAACCUUGCAGCAUUAAUUUAUGCUUUAUGGCAUGAGUACUUCAUCACUCCCUCCUUGGAAAAGACAGUUAUCUCAUUAGCUGGAAUUUAAUGAAAUGCAAGGAUACACUUCUUAAUUUCAAAGAUUACUAUAACACAAAUCAGGUGUAAAUCUCAGGCUGACUGUUCUCUCCCUUUGUCUGUUUUUUUUUUAAAAAAAAUACAGCCAAAGAGGUUCAUUUUGCAAUGAUUUCACAAAAAGUUCCUUUGGUGAGAUAUAUGUCACAGCUGCUAUCGGAAAGGCAGGUCUCAUCUGUAAAAGUUGGUUUAACUUCGCAGUGAUACUAAUGACAAUUAGGAGUUCCAUAAAAAUAUAAUAAUACGAGGAAUGCAUGAUUACUGCCAUGAACAGUGAAGGUUACAAAUGAAUUGUUGAUUUCAAGGCGCCUGGAGGGGGACAGGAGCACAUUCUAAUAAUUUGUUUCAAAUUCUUUAUGUUUGCAAAUUCCACAAUUCCAAGGGAUAAACACAUCAAUCUUUGGGCUGUUUGGCUAGCAUAUUGUUGUGCCUGGUGCUGAAAAAGUUAGCUUCUUGUUAUCAAACAUCGCAGGGGAGACCUCAGGUCCAGUGGCCAAAAGCGCUCUCCAUGAGUCUGCCCACACCACAGACCUUCCCCAGCCACAACCCUCUCCAGGUCAACCUUCUCUGACUUUGCAUCCCACCCUUUUCCAUGGUUUUUGUCUGGCUAGAAUGUAUCCUUAAACUCUGCCUCUUACUUGCAUGGAGGAUAGAGAAGGGUGCAUGGAUUUAUGUAGAAACUAGCCUGUGGUGCAAAGGAAAUUGGUUCCUCCACCCAGUUUUGCCUCUGGCCACCACCGACACGUUUCUGUGGCUGCCAGAAAGUCGCCUAGAUUGGAAGAUGACCCUCAGGCUGAAAAUGGUUGGUCAGCCUGGAGUAGGGACUGGACCUCUUGGCCUCAGUGAGGCAGUCACCUCUGGCAGCAGGCUGGGGACAGGUGGGAGGGGUAGCAGAUCCAGGCCCCCAAAGGAGCACACUGCUCACCGUCUCCAGCAUUUAUCACCCAUGGCUGAUGCUUGGAAAGAGCGGGGCUGUCACUGCCUACUGCUCUCCAGCCUCCUUUCUCUAUCCUCUGCAGUCUUCAGCAUGAUGGGACUUCUCUGGGUCACCUCCUGUUGUCUCAGGUGGUGGUGCAGGUGAUAGUGAUGGGGGACGCAUACCAUUUUCUGUUUUGCCUGAAGAGGCCAAAUGUCUUGGCUUGGACAGGACAAAGGGGAACAAUAACCACAGAACUAUCUUUGGGCCUUCCGCCUGUGAUGGGAUAUUUAUCAUGGCUGGAGAAAUACUUUGGGAAUCCCCUAAUUUGACGCCGCUUUCACACAAAUGAUGUGGUUUACAUCUCUUAGCAAGCGUGUGACUUCCACAGACUAUUUCGUAGUCCUCUUUUGAAGAUCAUUUAGAUUGCUGAAAAGUGCCAUUUUACCAUUUCUUUCUUUCAUCCAUAGCUGCCUGCUUUUUUGGUGGAGAUUCAUAAGACCAAGGUGGAUAUGUGAUGCCACAGAAAAUGGGGAUUUUGCAGCUCAUUACCCUAUUCAUACAGAGAAUAUGAAUCAGUUUAUCGGUACUGAGAAACUGGGUAGUGAUUUUCCCACCUCUGUUCAUGUAGUUUAAGGCAAGAGGGAAAUCCACUAGUAUACACAGAGCUCCCCCACCAGAUCACACCUGGAUCUAUGAAGCAACUAGUCUUGUAUUAAAAACCAGGUAAAAUACAGGGUGGGGUUCCAUAUAUUAAAUAAACAGCCUUGAAAUCACUAGUUAUAAAACAAUAAAGCAUACCAUCAAACCAAUUAAAGGCUGCUAAAAGCACCAACAAAAUAGCUUAAGCAAUCAUAAACUUAAAAAAACCCUGUAGCAAUAAGUACAAUCUGCCUACAGGUCCAUAGCAAAAGGUGUGGAAUCUCUGCCAGCAUCUGCUGCUGUUUGGGUUGGUUUUCUUGGUUUUCUUAUUUUCAUUUUUUAAAUUCUAUAGUCAGCAUUGUCAGUGGUCAAGGAGGAUGGGAGCUGGAAUCCAACAACAUCUGGAGGACCACAGGUUACCCAUCUCUGAUCUAGUCCACCUGUAACUGCCUUAUACUGGUCCAUAUAGCCCAAUAUUAUCUCCUGUAACCAGUAAUGGUACUAUCUUCAGUUUUUCCAGGCAUAAUUCAUAAUGCUGCUAUCAACCUUUAGAACUGUAAAUAGCCUGGGAUACUUGAAGGCCUGCCUAUUCCAAUAGGCUCAUGCCUGAGGACUUAGAAAUCAGAGUUUCUUCUGCAUCUGAUUUGGGGCAGAUGGUUAGACAAGAAAGUGGUUUCAGUGGUUGCCCACAGGCUCCUGAGCUCUCUUCUCUGGAAGGUCCAUCUGUCCUCCUUUUCCAUGCUUUUGGCCUUCUGAAGAAAGACAAAGACCCUUUAUUUAAGAGGACUUUGGGGUGUCAUGAAAAUGUAUACAUCCAUCCUAUGGUAGCAAUGGUGGGUGGGACUCCAUAGUGGGGCUACACUACUUCCUGAACUCUGCCAGCUUGCUAAACUCUGCCAAAGCUUCUCUCUGUGUUUGUGUCCCCUUUCUCCAUGUUUGUGGUCCGUGAGAAGAAAUUAAUGCAAGCUCCAGGGCCUGUUUUGGGGCAUGUUGGGGCAAUGAAGUGUCCCACCCCCACCCCCACCCCUGCCAGAGUGCCCAGUUUCUCCUUGUGGCAGGACACUGGUGGCAGUAUGCCCAUGUCCUUUCUGCAGGGGUACACGGAGUGCCCCCCAACCAGGGGCCUCCCUCUCUGCCAGCUUCCAGGUGCCCUUCAGCCAUCCAAACCCUGGCUGUAGGAUUGCUCCCCUAAUGGUCUGUCAUUCUUAUUGAUAUUUAUUUCAUUGCUUAAUUGUUGUGUUAAAUUAUUAUGUACCCACCAUAGUGCUUUUAAUUAUUUUAAAUGUAUUAGUGUAAUUCUAGAACAAAUUGUGAUUUUGAUUGGUUUUGAUUUUGCUAGCAGUAUUGGUUAUCAUAGUAUCAUUCAUAUCUAUAUCUAUAUAUCUAUAUCUAUGCAAGAUAAAAAAUACUUGAAAAUAAACAAACAAUCAAAUUAAUUAUUUAUAGUAAUCAUGCACCCAUCACUGAUGAGAAAAGAUGAAAAGUGUGCUGCAGAAUACAAGCAACUGAUGUUGUCUAUUAUGGUAUGCAGAAAGCAGCUUCUGAAAAGUAUAGAAUGUCGAAAGAUAUUUACGUGGAUAUUCUUUUAUACACCAAAAGUUAACACCAGUCAAAUUAGUUUUUCAGAAAUUAAGCAUCAGUUUUGCUGUUUCGUAGAAGCACUGAAGGCAGAAAGCUACAAGGGUAAAAAAAAAAAAAAAUACCCACAGAUGAUUCUCAUGGAUAUGAUUCAGAACAUUAAUACCUUAAUUUGCAUAAAAUGAGUUACAUAUUGCUGCGGUAAUUUAAUUUGUUUGACCAGGAGUUUGCAAUUGUGAAAAAGAGAUUCAGAAAGGCCAGUGAAUGAGUCUUGCAUAUUUUCUCCAAAUGGUUGAUUUCAGUUAAUGUGAAAUCACAGAUUUAAUUAUAAGGCAGUACCAAAUUACAGUGGUGCAGAUUUUGGAAGGCGAGAAUUAUAACAAACGGCUGCUGUGGAAAAACAAUGGCACCCUUAUGCUCGGCAGGGCUUUUGAAGGAGACCCACGCUGAGAGUUUAAUCUUCAUUGUCAUCCUCCGAGUGGGGAGGAAUUUCCACAGAAGGAAAUCAGGGAAAUAUUAAAUCGAGGAAUGAAAUAAAUAAUGGGGAUAUGCUUAUUGGGGGGCGGGGGGAGCAAACAGCUAGCAAAAUAUAAUAUGGGCACGUAAAGGAAAAGAAGAGACAUUAUCCAGCCCAAGUAGCCAGUUUAUGCCACAAUCCUAUACACACUGACCUGCAAGUAAAAACCAUUGAACUCAACACAAAUUACUUCUGAGUAGUCAUGAACUCGAUUAUGCUGUUAAAGCCCCACCAAUUUCUGUGUGAGCACAUUUCAGCAAAGGCAUCUGGGAAGAAGUGAGAUUAUCAGAUCUAGAGAGUCAGUGUGGCAUAGUAGUUAGAGUGUUGGGCUAUGACCUGGGAGACCAGGGUUCAAAUGUACAGUCAGCCAUGAAGCUCACUGGGUGACCUUGGGCCAGUCCCUGCCUGUCAGCCUAACUUACCUUACAGGGUUGUUGUGAGGGUAAAAUGAGGGGGAUAAAUAUGUAGACACCCCUUGAGCUCCUUGGAAGAAAUAGACAGAAUAAAUAGAUUAAAAAAUAGAACGAAAAAGCCACAUGCCCAAUGUGGCCAACAAAAUCUAGAUGGUUUGGGAGGUCCUGAACAAAAUACCCUUGCUAGGCUGACUUCCUUUUUGCUACUCCAUUUGCUUUCCCGUUUCCUUUGGGCGUAACCUUCCCAGAGGCUGGUGCCUCUUCUUUCCCCCCCAGAAGGGACAACCGAACAGGAAGUGGCAGCAGUGAAAAGAAGCAGCAGGGUGAGAGGAUUUAGUAAAGGGGUGGCAAACCCAUGACUAAUGGCCUUAUCCAAUCUGCCGAACUCUUUAUAAUAAUAAUUUAUUAUUUAUACCCCGCUGGGUUUCCCCAGCCACUCUGGGUGGCUUCCAACAGAAUAUUAGAAUACAAUAAUCUAUUAAACAAGGGACACGGGUGGCGCUGUGGGUAAAACCUCAGUGCCUAGGACUUGCCGAUCGCAUGGUCGGCGGUUCGAAUCCCUGCGGCGGGGUGAGCUCCCGUCUUUCGGUCCCAGCUCCUGCCCACCUAGCAGUUCGAAAGCACUCUUAAGUGCAAGUAGAUAAAUAGGUACCGCUUUAUAGCAGGAAGAUAAACGGCGUUUCCGUGUGCUGCGCUGGUGCUGGCUCGCCAGAGCAGCUUUGUCACGCUGGCCAUGUGACCUGGAAGUGUCUUCGACAGCGCUGGCUCCCGGCCUCUUAAGUGAGAUGAGCGCACAACCCUAGAGUCGGACACGACUGGCCCGUACGGGCAGGGGUACCUUUACCUUUUUUUUAAUCUAUUAAACAUUAAAAGCAGAGGCUUGACAACCAUAUGUCAGGAGUGCUCUGAUGGUGUUUCCUGCUUGGCAGGGGGUUGGACUCGAUGGCCCUUGUGGUCUCUUCCAACUCUAUGAUUCUAUGAAAAGCUUCCCUAAACAGGGCUGCCUUCAGAUGUCUUCUAAAAGUCUGGUAGUUGUUUUUCUCUCUGACAUCUGGUGGGAGGGAUUUCCACAGGGCGGGUGCCACUACCGAGAAGGCCCUCUGCCUGGGUCCCUGUAACUUGGCUUCUCGCAGUGAAGGAACCACCAGAAGGCCCUCGGAGCUGGAUCUCAGCGUCCGGGCAGAAUGAUGGGGGUGGAGACUCUCCUUCAGGUAUACUGGACCAAGGCUGUUUAGGGCUUUAAAGGUCAUCACCAGCACUUUGAAUUGUGCUUGGAAACGUACUGGGAGCCAGUGUAGGUCUUUCAAGACCUGCUCCCCAACAGUUGGGCCUCUGUGCCAUCUUCCUUUUUAAAAAUAAAAUAAAGUAUCCAGGUAUUGCCCUGUCCUCACAAUGUUAAGCCCCAGCAUGAUGAUGGAGAUCUGAUCUGCCUCUCCAGCCGUACAUCAGGCUGUUCUGAUGAGCAGAGGAAGGGGGCAAUAUUAAAGUGUAGGUAUCUACACUGGUCGCCUGACACGUCUCUGUCUGUUUAUGUACACAGAGAUUCCUCUCUCUCUCCCUCUCUCUCUGCUCCUUCCAAGGUAAGGCUUUAGGAGAAUGUGAAAAGGGCUCCCAUUCUUGGUACUUUGGCUGUUGUUUUAGCUACAUUUAUCGUUCCUGCCCUCAUGCAAGUUCCUUGAAUGUGUGUGUACAGUUGCCUGCAUAUACCUAUGAAUGUAUGCAUGCCUGUAUGUCCCUCUUGUUGAGUGCACGUGUAUGUCCUAUAUGCAUGGUGGUGGCAUGUGUGUGCACAAGUGUAAUUUGGCCACUGCCAAUUUUGCAUGAUUUCCAGGGGGACGGGCAGCGUCAACUGUUGAUGCGGCUGCUGGGCUGAAAAAGGCCAACAGCCCCUGCUUUUAUGGGUGACCACUUACAUGGCACUUAAAAGAGUGGAAAUGCAUCAUCAAAAAAGAGGACAAAUGAAGUCAGAGAUUUGCAUAAAAUAUGCACAUCCUAUUGUUUAGGUACAGAUGCAAGUUUUGAAAUCAUGAUUCUACUUUAAAUAGAAUACAAUACAACACCUGUGUGUCUGCUCAGUCUGCUCCAGAUGCUGUCAGGGACAGCCUAGCCCAUUUUGCCACCUGAGGAGAAAGAGGAAGGUGCCAUGCCCUGCCGCUGCAGCCUCCCUUAUUUGGGUUGUGUGGCAGCACCCAAGGGGGCUCCCUCAACAUGCCUCAAGGGAGGACAGUCUCUCCUAACUGUUGAUGGGCAGCUCCAAAGCCCCAGCUGCUCUCUCUUGAUAUGGUCCUUUAUUUUAGACUAGACUUGGGACUCAGGUACAUUAGUCAAAAAAAGGUGUUUUGAAUGCGUUAUAAGCAUGCAACACCAGAUGGCGCUAUAGAGCAAAACAAAGUUCUAUGCAAUUUUCCAUAGCGUUUUUUUCUUUUGUUAUAAUGAUUUAAUUUCUGGCUUAUUUAUAGCGUUGUCCUCCCCCCCCCCCCAUGUUUAGAUCCACCCUUGGAAUAGGCAAUCCUUCUACCUGAGGAUGGUCCUCUAAAGUAGGAUAUCCUAUUCACAGUAGGCCUCUUGCUCAGGUGUGGGCCUCCACAGGGGCCCAAAUGUGUUGCCCCCCCAUGCUAUUGUUGCCACAUAAAACAUUUACAUUAUGAAGCAAAGGAAGGUGCAGAAGAUACUAAACAAAAGGGUAGCUGGUUGCGUCACAUUGCUUUUGAUCCUGACUAGGCUUCUACAAAUGGAAGGGCUCCUUCUGUUCACAGACAGAACUGAGAGUAAGCAGAGAAUCUCAUGCUGCUCCAGUCCUCCAGAGCAGCUGUUUGUUGGGCAUAAAGUAUAUCAGAGGAAAAACGACUCAUCAAGUGGAUGUUCCCACCAAUGGCAGCAAAUAUUUCACAGCACAGCUUUAUUGAUAGUAAGGAGUUCACGUGAAAGAACUGCUGCACUUAUAGGUACAAAACAGCUGGCCUUGCAGUCACAACAAUUAACAAGCAUUUCAUCAAGUGAAUAAGGGGAUAUAUGAUUGCAGCUUUUAUAAGACUUUAUGAAUGCUUACCUGGGAGUAACUUUCACUGAAUAGUGUGGUACUUGUUUCUAAGGAAGCACGCAUAAGUUUGCUCUGUUAAAUAAGUUUCCAUCCCAGCUUUGGCCUUGUUUAGAAUUAUCCUAGUUUUUGUUAGUUUCUCAGUUUUUUUCCUUAGAAAGAAACUUUUUAAUGCUUUCUUUGAAAUAUAUGAACCUUUUAAUGUGUGAAUAACUUAUUCAGCUCCUAAAUUUAAAUGCCUUGUGGGCGUAAUUUUUCUAUUUUAGUUUAAUUCUAUAGCUGCCUUCACUUUGUCUGAAAUAUAUUAUUCAUUGUCUCCAAAUUAUAACUGGGCUGAUGUGUUAGCAUAUAAGUUCUUCAAUGCAUUUCAAUGUUUUAACCAUUUAUAUGGCAACAGCAAGUAGUACACUGUUUUCGCAAAGAUGUCAGCAGAAGGGAGGCAGAACACUUUUAGUAGUAUUAACAAAUCUUCUAAACCAAUCUUCCCCAACCUGGUGCCCUCCAGAUGUUUUGGUUGUAGUGCAAAACAUCUGGAAUCCACCAAGUUGGGGAGAGAGUUUUAAAUAGAUUACAUGACAAAGAAGCUGCUGGUUUUCUAGCAAGUUUGGAUACCUGUAGAAAUUUGGAUACCUGCAGAUUUCAAAAAGUAAUUAUAUUUUGAACUGCUUUUUUAAAAAGCAUAAGUAUCAAUUUAAAUCAUUUAUGCCCUGGCCUGAUCCUGAGCCUCAGCUUUCAGUAAUCCAUCUUUCAAUGCUUAUGUUGGCAAGGAGGGCAAUGGUUCUUCCGCAAAGCAAGAGUUUGUAAGCCCAGCUAUGACUUCCAUGCUGCAGCUAGAAGUCUCUCUCCCUCAAAUCCAACAACACUCACAGAGACCAACAUUCCAUCACAUAUGGGUUUUGUGAUGUUCUGUGUUGGAAUGAAGGCCUGCCUUAUGAGGCAAAUAUCAGGUUGUGACUGGUGCAGAAAUAUUCUGACUUCUUCUUUAGUAAUUAGUGUGAGUGUGCCACGAGUGUACCAACUUUCUUCUUCUUGGGUGGCCUUUAAAAGCCUUAACCAUUUGGAGGACGUUUCCUCCCCCAAUUUGAAAGAAGCUUAUAAACAACCCUCGGUUACUCUAAAAGGCUAUGCAAAAAUUUCACCCGAUUGCUUGGGCAUGCCUUAACUAAUUGGGACCGUGCUAAUUGUACCCAUUUUGUUAGCAACAUCAAGGUGUUACUAUUAGCAUACAAAGCCCUUAACAACUUGGGACCAGUUUACCUAUGAUUACGAUUACGAUAUCUUUAUUGUCAUUGUCCCUUGCGGAACAAUGAAAUUGAAAAACUACAUAAAACUACAUAAAAACUACAUAAAACUACCACAAAACUACAUAAAAACUACAUAAAACUACAUAAAAACUACAUAAAACGUUCAAAAACCCCCAAGAACUCUAAAAUCCCAUUUUAAAUUACACUAUACUACAGAGACCCCUUAUGCUGCGUUUAGAACCAGAAUUGCAUUAGCGUAAAAACUGUUUCUCAGGUGGCUAGUCCUGGCCUUUAUAACCCUAUACCUUCUUCCAGAAGGCAGAAGCUGAAAGAGAUCAUUUCCGGGGUGCGCACUAUCAUGUGCUAUCUCUGACGCUUUCUUAUGGCUCCUGGCAGCAUAGAUUUGAUCUAAGGUGGGAAGAGUGCACCCACCUAUGAGAUUCAUAUACUCCAUGUGUGCCCACUCGAUUGCUUCGAUCAGCGGAAUUGGCACUGCUACAGGUACCACAUAAUGCCCAUUAUGCAUUUCUAAGAACUCAUUUAGUGAGGCAGUGCCUGCACUUUGGAAAUCCCUGCCUAUUGAGAUCACACAUGCACUGCUACCUCUCUUUCCUCUGCUCAGAUAAGCCGGAGGCAUGGUCACCACUCCAUAAAUAACACAUUGCCUCCAGGCAAAACCACUUCAGGAGAGCGUGGAGCAAGGCUGUGAGGCUGUGGCCUGGGAUGGUCCCAAGGGCCUCAGGUUCCUGGCCAGUGUCUUUGCCCUCUCGUGGUGCACAAGUUGAGGCUGGAAACACAACUUCCUGUUUCCUUGGUUUUGGAGCAUGAGGGAAUGAGCAGAAGACAUUGCUCGUUCUUAAACCAAAGGGAAUUUGAACCUAGCAUUUCCAUUUGUUUCUCUUUAUAAAGGAAAUGGACUGAAUCACAGUCCCCACACCAACCUUCACCAAAGUACUUGUGCUUUGAUGAUGAUGAUGAUAAUAAAUUUUAUUUAUACCCCGCCUUUCCCAGCCAAGGCUGGGCUCAGGGCAGCUAACACCAGGUAUAAAAACAAUUGAUUAAAAUACAACAUUAAAAUGCAGCCUCAUUUCAGUAGAAAUUCAAAUUUGAAACUUUCCUAUUUGGAAAAAGUUAUUCCCAUAUUUUGUUUCCUUUGGACCCCUGAUAUAGGUCUAUAGCUCCCAUCAUCCAUGUCCCUUGGCUGAGCUGGCUGAAGAUGGUAGGAAUUGUAGUUCACCAGCAUCUGGAGAUCGAGGGUUAAUGAAUACUUGGCUUGCAUUUAACUACUCAUCUGGUCACCAGGCAAGGGCACGGAAUCCCAACCAGGCGAGCAAGGAAGAUGGUAAGGGAGGGACGUAUCACUUGGCUUUCAGGCUUGCCAUGGAGGAAGGCAAGUCCUUUUCUCCAUGGCCACUGGGAAAACACAGUUGAUAGGUAAGAGGAAGAGAGACCAGUCCCUCUACCAGUACAGUCAGUAGAUGUCUUUAAAAAACCAACCAACCCACAGUCCAUUAAUAUAACCCACUAAGAUAAUAGAAGUCUGUUAAUAGGCUAGGAAAAAUAUUCUAUUAAAAGUCUAGUAAAAUAAUCAGGCUAGUCUAAGCAGGACUUGGCACAAAGAUGGUAAAAAGCCGUAUUGGAUUUUAAGGAAAGAGUUGGCAAAUUAAUCCUAAAUCUUUAGGUGAUUUCAUCUGUUAGAUUUUUAGUAUGGUUUCCUAAUUUUGACUUAAUAACUAUUAGCCUUUUCAGUUUGACAGUGUGAACUGGCCCCAAGUGCUUAAUAUAUAAAUGCAGUAUGUUGCAUAUAACAUGAGAAUAUCAAAUAAAACUAUGUGCAUUUACAUGAUGCCAGUAAUUAUUUCUUUUGUUUUUUGUUUUCUAAAAGGUAGAAGGAUUGGGACCACAGUAAAUUACUAUGCAUUUUUACCAUAGUACACAGUGUGGUUUAUAAUCGGUACCAAUGUUUAAUGUCCUGUAAUGUCUUUUCUACAUGCCACAUUAUAUUUGAUGUUUUUGAUGCUAGCGUGCCCCAUUGUCGUAUUGAAGAUCCACAAAAGCUACUGGUUUGAUAACCCAGCAGCCAAACGAAGAUCUGCUCAGCAUAGCUAACAGGCCCAGGUUCUGUUGAAUAAUUGUCUGAUUUGGCAGUAAGUUAAGCAGAGUGAACAACUGUGCAAAUGGUCUUUUGGGUCAUUAUGUUAUUGUGCAUCAUCUACAACCUAUUAAUACAUUUUGAGCUUGUGUGCAUGUCUUGUUAAAUUUAUUUGUUUUUAACAAAUCGCUCCUGAAACCAAGCACACUUUAUCAAGCCACUUUGUAAAUCUAGCAUUAUUUAUCAUAAGGAAUUUUAUUUAUUGAAUUUUAUUUGCCAUCAAGAGAGACAGACACAAAUAUAAUGUUUAAAAAGAUGUCUAUUGAUGUGAGAAAAAUGCAAGCCGUGUGGUAGAAGCUUACUGAGUGGGAGAAAUGUAAAUGCUCCCUGCAUUUUAUCUCACAUGACAGAAUGCAUUAUGGUCAAAACAGUGUCUUCCUGAAGACACAGGUUUCAAAAAUCUGCAUAAUAUACACUUUUAUGUAUGCUGCUUAUGCAGAAUGCAAGUCUUUAGUUAAAUGCCCAACAGUCUCAUUUAGAGGCCCUUUCACUGGUAACAUCACCUUGCCCACGUGUAAACAAGAUGUAUAUGGGCACCAGAGCCCAUAAACUCAUUACAAUUAACUGUGGCACAAUAUAACACCUCCUUAUAAAUCCCUGAAUGCAAAAAAAUGAUGUGAUAUAGUGGUGUGGUAUAUAUGAAUGUGAAAGCUUGCUAUUCCCAUCAAACAAUUAGUUGCCUUUGACACAGAACCUCCUUUUCCCACCAAUUAGUGCAAACUGCAGGGUGCUUUUCUAGAAUUCUACAAGCUAACAGUCAGUGGCGUAAUGAAGAAUUUAGGACUCUUCAAUAACUUCCGAAGCAUGGUUUGGUUUGUCUCAAUUUAUACAGAGCCUGUUUAGUUUGCAAAAUGCAUUUUGUCUCUUUGUUCUCCAUUUGUACGGUUUUAAUUCAAACAUUUAUUUAAAAUAUAUGCCUGUGGCAGCUGAUGUCUAUUCUUUUUCAUCUGUUCUACAUUCUUAUGAUUUCUUAAUUUUCCUCCCCAGUAUUUAAAAAAGACAGAGCCCAACAGAUACUGUCCAGACAUUUUCCACUCAUGGGUUUUGGAAGUGAUGGUGAGCAGAGAACGUUUUAGGGUCACGCGACCCGUUCAGUCGUACCAGGCGCAGAGCCUCAGAGAUGCCACAAGGGGCAGCACAGCUAUGCUAGAGAAUGGAAGGUGAGAGGCAGAGAGUACUGAAUUUUGGUAUCCCUCAGGGCGCUGCUGAAAUUUAAGACUCCAAGAUCAGCCAGUGUGGUAAGGGAAGUAAACAGAGUACAAAGGAGGGUUACAACUGAGGCCCUAUCUGCACUGUGCAUUUAAAGCAGCAUCAUGUCACUUUCAACAAUCAUGGCUCCCUCCCACCAAAUCCUGGGAACGAUUUGUUAAGGGCGCUGGGAGUUGUUAGGAGACCCCUGUCCCACACAGAGCUACAGCUCUCAGAGUUCCCUGGGAAGAGGGAUUGACUUUUGUGAAGGCACAAAAGUGAAGGCACUUUCAAGUUCUGUAGCUCUGUGAGGUAAAUAGGGGUCUCCGGGUGGCGCUGUGGGUUAAACCACAGAGCCUAGGACUUGCCGAUCAGAAGGUCGGCAGUUCGAAUCCCCGCGCCACAGCCCCAGAGUUGGCCACGACUGGACCUAAUGGUCAGGGGUCCCUUUACCCUUUGCCUUUAACAGUCUCAGAACUCUUAACAAACUACAAUCCCCAGGAUUCUUUGAGGGAAAGUCAUGACUGUUUAAAGUGGCAUACGACUGCUUUAAAUAUAUAGUACACUUAUUUUUGUGUAUGUAUCCCUAGACUUGUAGCAACGCAUCACAACAAAGUCAUGAUGCCAAACCACCACUACGCUCAUGUUGUGUUGGGCACUGUUGAGGUCAGUUUACAUCAGAAAAGGGCAAUGAAAAACUUAAUAAGCAAAAACAUUUCCCCCCCAUAAAUGUUUCCUCUUACCUAAUUAGUAGCAUCAAAACUCGGAAAGGACUACGUAUUAACUUGAAAAAUUUAAGAUGUGGUGCCUCCUUAUGUUGUAUGGCCAAUGGUCAAGGAUGAUGGGUUGUAGUCCAACAACUUCCAGGAAAAUUAGGCUCCUUUGAGCAUUCUGCUAAAUCUUGGAAUCCAUCCCUGAGAGGUUUCUUUCUUUGAAUGUUGGACUGCAUGAAUGGCCUUUUGCUCACCCAUCCCUAGGCUGAAGUCAUAGACUAAUAUUUCUGACUCCCCCCCCCCCCGCCUUAUCCAAAGACAUAGAAUCAUAGAACUGUAGACCCUCAAGGAUCAUCUGGCCCAACCUUCUGCAAUGCAGGGAUCUCAACUAAAACAUCCAUCACAGAUGACCAUCCAAACGCUGCUUAAAAACCUCCAGUUCACAACUUCCCAAGGGAGCCCAUUCCCUGGUCGAACAGCUCUUACUGUCAGAAAGUUCUUCCUAUUUAUUUGUUUGUUUCAUAACCAUAUUACCUCCCGGUCCCUAGCCAACGAAAGUGAACUGAUAUUAAAGAAGACUUAGGACUGCAGCUACUGAAAACUCUUUCUAAAUGUGCUAAUAGCGGCACAUAGUAAAUAUAGCGUGCAGGAUUAGUACAACCCAGGCUUUCCUCUUGAUGGCUUUGGGAUGGUUUGAUCACCCUGUUCUUUGCAGCAGUGAGCAAUGGGUUUGAGUUGUGCAUGCAGCUUUGUAUGCCGCAGCAAUGGGCAGCUACAAAGGACAAUCCAGCAAGCAUCAUUGCUUCUACAGGAUCAUCCUCAUAAGUCAAUCCAAGCCUUUCCCAUAAUCAUGGAAAGCAGUGGGGGUGGGAAUCCAAAGUUUUGCAAAACUGUUAAUUGAUUUUAUCUAUUUAUUUUAAAAGCUGCACCUAGCAGUCAGACAAAGCAAUGUAGGAGACCCCUUAGAGCAGGGAGAGAAAACCUAUGGCCCUCUAAAUGUUAUUGGAUUAAAACUCCCAUCAUCCCUGACCAAUGUCCAUGCUAGUUGGGUCUGAUGGAGUGCACAGGUUUCCCAUCCAUGCUCUAGAAAGUGAGCAUGAGACCAUAGCAACUUGGUCCGCCGGGCUGCUCAUUUCUGGGCUGAGGUCAGUCUGAACUGGUAAAUCACACUUUUCCUUAACACUUGAUUGCAUUACUAAAAACUGCAUUUGCACUCGGGUACAAAUAGCUAUUUUGGGAUGACUUCAGCAUAUGCAGCAACAGCAGCUUCAGACUGCAUUACGAUCCCAAAACAGUUUCCCUGGGGUGAUAAAAUAAAACUGUGGCUCAGAAAUCUGUGUGAAUGACCAAUGAACUUCUAAAAUUAAAAACAAUAAAUCAGAUCGCAAAGACUGCAGGCGUGUGCUAUCACCAGGUCUCCCCUCAACGUCCAAUUAUCCUUUUUCUUGCUUAACAACAAGCCACGAGUUGGGUACGCUUCAGCUUAUUUACAUCAAUGGACAAACAUGACUGUUCUAUGUUGGAUCAUGGCCCCUCUGUUUCACUAUUGAAUAUUGAAUAUUCUUGUGUUUUCUUUGCUCAUGAUAGUCUCACGCUAUGGCAGUACAGAUCAUUCUACAUUAACAUUGCCUUAUAGCAAUUAUUUUUAAUGACUGGUCAUUUAAAACAGGUUUUGUGUUCAUUGCAUAAACACAAUAUCUAAUCAAUUGGCACAAUGACAUUGCAUGAAAAUGCUACAAAUGUUCACCCACAAGAUAUUCAAUUCAUCCACAGCAUUUUCAAAAACAGUGGGUCGGGGAGACAAUUUAGACCAAACACACACAUGCAAGUGCCUAUUCUUUCCUUUAUUAUACAAUCAGAGGCAAUUGAGAUUUUAGAAAUAAGAGAAUUGCAAUUCUUUGAACGUUUGUACAUUAGGAAUAUUGUGGUUGGAUUAUGAAUGAUAAGGUAAGUGUGUGUGUGUGUGUGUGUGUGUGUGUGUGUGUGUGUGUAAGUGCAUGUGUGUGAAGACAAAGGCCCAAGGCAAUUUAUGUUCGGGUUUUGCAGUGGUUUUGCUGCAAGCAUGCAGAACUAACUGGGUUUAGAUUAAGGGAGUCUAAUUAGUGUCAUGUCAAACUGGCAGUGAUCAUAAGACAAGAGAGGGGUCAUUCUUGUCAUCUUCUUGGUCUUUUGCCCUUAAAUAUAGAGCUGCAUAAAGCACAAUCUCCAUCUUGUUAAUGGAAGCAGAAUAUGUAUAAUCUGCACACGAAAUGAAAAGAAAAUGUGUAAGGAAAUUUCUUUUUCCCAUUUCCUCGUCAGAAGCUGUGAAUUUUAGUGAGAAUUAAAGUAAGGCUAAUUCUGCAGUCAUCUUCUGACCUGUCAGGUUAGCUGUCACCCUCACGUCUCUCAGUGCAGGUCUUUAGCUUCUUCUUGCUGAGUGCAGCCUUUGCCAACUGACAGAAAAAUACAGACCAUGACAAGAAAAAAAGAACAUAAUGUCCUUUUCACCCAUCACUACUCAAAAUUGCUCAAUCUUUACUGACAUAUUAUUAUACAUUGUUUCUCUGGGAGGGGGGAAAAAGAAGAAGAAGCAUUUGCUUUCUUUUCUAUAAGAAGUGUGAAACUUUCAGGAGACAAGCAACCAUUCCCCGAAAAAUAUUAAAGCCUGUAAUUAUUUUAAAUUGUCUAUUAAUAUGCAAUAUGCUGCCCUUUAAUAGGAAUAAGUUGCAGCCUAUCUGAAGUUAUUAUGAUGGCGCCCACUAGUGUCAUGUUGGCUAAGGGGGUCUAUCAGCAAUUCCAUUAUUUCCCAAGUGGCCAUGAUGGGGUGCACUGCAGGAGACUUUUUAUUUUUAAAGGAAUAAAACACAGCUAAAUCUCUGCUGUACCAUUAUGGCAAUUUUUUUUUAUAAAAAAAAAACUUUCAGAAGCACUAUAUCAAGCCGUCAGAGGAGAGUUUAUUUAGAAAUGUUUAUCUUUCCUUUUCUAAAAAUAUUAAAAAACCCACAAAUCUAUUGUCUUUUUACCUCCAAAUCGUGUCCCAAAUUAAGAAGCCUGUUUACGCUACACUUCAUUGGAAAGAUCAUGUUAUUAAUUAAUUAAUCUUUAAAAAAUAUAUUCAGCGUGGCAGAACAGGCCUCUCUUCAUUUUUGUAACUGUGACAAACGGUUUUGAAAAGGGCGUGUGGAAUCGUGUCCUAUUGAUCAAAAAAUAUCAAUGCGUCACAUGAAUUGAUCAGAAAGAAUCCAGCAGCUUUCACGAGCGCUCUGAGCUCUAAUAUAAACACGAAUGUCUGUGCGAAUUCAGGGGCUGCACUAUUCAGUUUGGCAUCAGGGGAUAUUCCGUGUAUACAUGGCCAUGCAGCUUUGGAUCACUGAGAAAGUUACUAGAUAUGUCUCACUGGGACUUGCUGCUGAGUAAACACUAUCGGGUUGGGCUGCCAAGCUGCAAGCCUAGGCACACUUAAUUGAGCCUAAAUCCCAUUGAAUUGAGUGUGGUUUCCUUCCAGGUAAACAUGCAUGCAGGUAUGCGCCCUAACCCAGGAGCCUAGAGGUGUUUAAAAGUGUGAAAAUUACCACCCAUGAAUAAAAGGACAAUUUAAAUAUAAAUUACUAAAAUACUUCGUUGCAUUAAAAGUAUCAGUUACCUGCUUCAUUCCAGCAAGCCCGCCCAAACAAGAAGAGGUUACUAAUUGGAAUGUGAAGGUUUCUCAGAGAAUAUCACAGGUCCACGGAAUGUAAGGGACUACCUAUUUUCAGAGUAUGUUGCAUUGUCUAAAGCACAAUGUCCCUUAAGUCCUCGAUGUCACUUAGGUGUAUAUUUCUUUUUUAUAUAUAAACACACACACACACACACACACACACACACACACACACACACACACACAGGCGAUGUAAUAGGAGAAUCUAAGCUACUUACAUUACACUAAAACAGAAAGAUUUUUUUAAAAUUGCUUCUCGUAAUACCCUGCAGUACAAAUCCAAGUAACAAAAUGCAUUAUUUUCUUCCCUCCCACUUCUAAAAUUCCCUGGAAUUUCCCCCCCUUAGCAGGGCUCGUGCUACUACAUCACAUGACAUUGCUUUGAAAAAUCUUUCCUGUCUCAGAUGUGGACCUUAAUGCAUUAUGCAAAACCCAGGGAUUUAGAUUUUUGACACUGCAUAUACUCAAAAUAUAUUCUAAAGGGAGACAUUAUAUGCUAACUUGUGGAAUCUUAAAGCAGCUGCUUGGUUAAUAUAAUAUGAUGAAAAAUAUUUAUGUAGUUUGUUUUCUUUUCUGUCAAGCCUAGUAUCUUAUGAAAUUUUUUCAAAUGGCCAGUAGCUGAAGUAGUGACUUUAGUUUGACUUAAUAUUAUGCCACAUUGACAGAUGAAAACUCCUUCUAAAAAUGUCAUUUGAGUGCUCUACUAAUUUGCAUUUCGCUCGAAAGCUUUUAGUGCUUUGCACAUUCACAUUAUAAACAUUUGGGUGAACAUUAAUACCCCAGCUAAACAAAAAUGCUAUUCACUUCAACCAUUUCUUCCACUACAUAAAAACUAUAAAUGAUUCUUCUACAAAAAGAAAAAAAAAUGAAUGCAACCCGAAAAUCAAUUAUAGUAACUAUUUAGAAAUGUAAAGGAAAGGCAGUAAAAAUGUGACAAAAAAUCUUUAAUUGUAGGGAAAUUGUGCAUCUUUUUUUCCAACAUGUGAAUAAAAUGCAUUUCCUUCUUUAACAAUCACAGUUACAAUAGAUCUAUGCAUCUCACAGGAAAAAAUUGACAAUUUGAUUAUGACUUGUACUUUUUGCCGGGGCCAUGAAAGUGGUUUAUGUUUGAAAUGUAUCAGCUGGAAGGUACUUAUUACUCAUAAAUGCUGUGCUAUUUCACUUUCUGCAAAGUGAGCUGUUAACAGAUACAAUUUGAGCAGAAUAGCCAGAGGAGGCCUUUUGAUAUGCAGAAGAGCUGACCCUCGUGCUGAGCCUUUAAUUGGGUUUUUAAUUUUCCAGGCCAUCUGACAAUAUCAAACAUGAUCCCAGUGCUUGAAAUGUUGAUUGGAGGCUAAGCAGGAUCUACUCCAACAUGGCAUUAAGAAGAAAAAGAGGAAAGAACCCAGACAGAGAGGAAGACAUGGAGAGACUUUAAAGAAGAAUCUAGCUUUUCAUGUUUGCUGUUUGGGAGCAUCCGUCUUCAGCCGUUUGAAUAUUUCUUUUGGCAAUAUUUUCACUAAUGCUCACCAUCAGCUUUUCUGACAGUAUCUGUUAAAAAGAACCAAAACAACAUUUUGCGAAAACAAAAAGCAAACAUACCCAAAUAACUCUAAAUCUGCAAAUUUACAUAUAUAAAAAACAACAUCCUGGAAACGUUGGUAGCAG